CGAGUACUUCUGAGCCAGGCUUUGGGCGUUGUUUUCUUUUCGUGUUUGCUGCUGCUUAAAUUAAUAUAACUACAAGGUUUGAGCGCAUUCGCAAAACUCUGAAUGAGACUAGUCCGAAUCGCAGUGGCAACAAACCGUGCGCAGAUGACAAUUAAGUGUUGUGCUGGUUGGGAGCAAGAAGAACAUCGAGUGGCUAAUCCUGCAGGCCAUUGACCGCAUUUAGACGGCGGCAUAACCACACCCAUAAAACCCAAACAAGCCGAGCUCCUGUGGGACUAUGUCCACAAUCGAAGAGGAACGUAAGGCAUACGAAAAAAAUCCCUACUUCACCGGUCACAUCUACGGCAAUUUUUCGCCAUUUUAUGUGACUAUUGCCAUCUGCACCGUUGUACUUGGCACGAUAAUCAUACUGAACAUUAUCUUUGGCUGCUGCUCCAAGCAUCGCAAGUACUGGCAGGACCGACACACAGGCAACCGCUGGUUGGUGUCCAUUUGGUCUUCAACACCGCACAAUCAACCGCCAUUGGACUUCACUGAACUGAAAGACGCCUCCUAUUUCCAGCGUUUCCAUCCCACCACCCAUCAGCAAGUGUUCCCCGACGAAGUGGUUAUUGGUGUGGACGAGUUAGAGCCCGUGCAUUCAGCGCAUCAUCAGCGUCCGCCACGCCCAGAAGGUCGUACUCUGCAUCACCAGCGUCAGCGCGAGGAAUACGUAGAGCUGCAAAAGCGUGAGAGUGACAUCUAA